UGUUAAUGAAUUUCAUUAAAAUGUUCAUUAUAUAUUUUAAUAAAUUUAAUUAUAUUUUAUUAUUUAUUGAAUUAUAUAUUAUAUUUGUAAAAUGUUUACCAAUAAAAGAAAAUCAAUUAUUAAUGAAUCAAUCAUUAUCUUUAACAAAAUUUAAUAAUACUACUUAUUAUAAUAAAUUAAUAACAAAUGAAUUGAAUGAUUUAUGGAAAGAUAAUUUGACACCAGUUAUUGGUAGAGUAAUAUGGUGUAUAAAUGAAUCAAAACAAAAAUGGUUAUAUUUGAAUAAAUUUGACAAUCAAAAUAUUAAUAAUAAUAAUAUUACUAAUAAAAAAAUUAUUUUAAUCAAUUCUGGAAAAUUCUAUUGUCCACAACCUAAUCAAUCCGAAGAUAUGAAAUAUUGUUGUGGACCAUUAGGGAAACAAAUAUGUUGUAAAAUAACAGAUACGCCAGGUUUAAGAUGGGGUAUACCACUUGGAGUAAUUGUCACGGUUAUAGUAUUUUUGACAGUUAGUUAUACAAUUCAAGUAUUUCGUGCUUGUGAUAGAUGUUAUCAUGAAUGUCCAAUAUUUACACCGAUACCAAAUGAUGCUGAAUUCCAGUGGGAUACUCGUUGGUAUACUGUAUCACAUGAAGGUAAUCGAUAUGGUGUAACAUUUCAUAGUCGAAUAUUUGCUAAUGAAUUUAUGAAAUGUUUAGAAGCUGAAUAUGGUCGAUGGAAUACAGCUAAUAUAUUAAAAAUACAAAGAGAUGGCCAAAAUUUUGUUAUUUUAAAUAUAUUUUUUCAUGAUCUUUUUACACCAUGGUUUUAUACACAAGGACCUAUUAAAAACGAUGAAGAAUGGAUUCGAACAGAUUUUAAAAAUAUUUGUCAUACUGUACAAGCUCGAUUGGCUGUGAACCCUCGAUUCAAAUGGAAUAAAUUUUCAAAAAAUUCAACAAAUAAAACACUAAAACAAAUAAAUCAAUUAUCAACCAACACAAAUAUAUCAAAUUUAGACAAGAAAAACAGUGAUCGUUUAUCAAAUCCUAAUACUGUUACAACACCAUGGACACCAUGGACUAAAGUAGCUUAUAUUCCAUCAUUAACUGAGGCAUCAGUUAAAAAAAAUUUGACACGUAACUCAAAUAAAAGUAAAUAUAAAACGAAAAAUGAAUAUAAAACUAAUCAACUGGUCAAUGUAAUUAUAUUUGAAGAUAUUAUUGAAUGUAAUGGUUUAGAUAAAGGUGUGCAAACGCAUCAGAAACGAUUACAAACACAUAAAACAACAAUUGAUCCAGUUGUAUAGAUGAUAGAUAGUGUAAAUUGAUGCAGUGAAGAUUAUUGUAUGAAACUGGUUGAAUCAGUUACACAUACUUUAUACAGAACCAUUUUGUUAUUGUUCUAUUCUGCAAGAGUUUACAGUUGGUGAAUAUCCUGGAUAAAAUUGAUACGAUUAUCAUAUUUAUUUUGUUAAAAAAACUAAUGUAAACCCAUUGAAGACUAUUCAGAAAUGCUGUAAUGGAACUUUCACUUUUCAUACAAAACUGUCAAUGACACCUAACAUGUUUAGUGAUUUUGUUGUGAUUUUAAAACCUCAUGUAUUUUUAAAUUGAAUGUAAUUUGUUACAAUCACUUGUGUUUUUUAUAUAAAAUUUACAAAUUA